GGAACAUCACAGUUCACUCCAACCUAGGGGAUUCACAGGGAGGGCAGGAAGGAAGCAUCAGCAGGACAGUCUCGUGUAGACCAUGGCCAGUGCCUGCCCACCAAGCUGGAGGAUCUGGGACAAUGUCUGGGGAAGUGCCACCCAACAUUAACAUCAAAGAGCCUCGAUGGGACCAAAGUACUUUCGUUGGCCGAGCCAAUCACUUCUUCACUGUCACGGAUCCUAGGAACAUCCUUCUAACAAACGAACAACUAGAGAAUGCAAGAAAAGUGGUGCAUGAUUACAGACAAGGAAUCAUUCCUGCCGGCCUCACGGAAAAUGAGUUGUGGAGAGCGAAGUACGUGUACGAUUCGGCUUUCCAUCCCGACACUGGUGAGAAGAUGAUCCUGAUAGGAAGGAUGUCGGCUCAGGUCCCCAUGAACAUGACCAUCACCGGCUGCAUGAUGACGUUUUACAGGACCACACCAGCCGUGCUUUUCUGGCAGUGGAUAAACCAGUCCUUCAAUGCUGUUGUCAACUACACCAACAGAAGCGGAGAUGCUCCCCUCACUGUAAAUGAGCUGGGUACGGCUUAUGUGUCUGCAACAACCGGUGCUGUAGCGACAGCCCUGGGACUCAAUGCCUUAACCAAGCGUGUCUCACCACUGAUAGGACGUUUUGUUCCCUUUGCUGCGGUAGCUGCUGCUAACUGCAUUAAUAUCCCGCUAAUGAGGCAAAGGGAACUCAAAGUCGGCAUUCCUGUCACUGAUGAAAAUGGCACCCGCUUGGGAGAAUCGACCAACGCUGCCAAGCAAGCCAUCACACAGGUGGUCAUCUCCAGGAUCCUCAUGGCAGCCCCCGGCAUGGCCAUCCCUCCAUUUAUCAUGAACACGUUGGAAAAGAAAGCCUUUCUGAAGAGGUUCCCGUGGAUGAGUGCACCAAUUCAAGUCACCUUGGUUGGCUUUUGUUUGGUGUUCGCCACCCCCCUGUGCUGUGCUCUGUUUCCUCAGAAGAGUUCCAUGUCUGUAACAAGCUUGGAGGAUGAGUUGCAAGCCAGCAUCCAAAGGAGUCACCCUGAAUUACGGCGCGUGUACUUUAACAAGGGCCUGUGAAGCCAAGAUCAAGCCCUGGAGGCUCCUCCUGCCAUCUGGGAACCUCCCGAAGCCACAGCAGCGAGGAAAUCUAGUGUGACGGGGCCUUGCCAGUUACAAAAACCUCUAAAGAUCUGCAUUAGAGUCAAACUGCCCCUUGACAUAGCACCCAGUGCCAGUCAGGGGCCUGACAUUUGGAUCAUGUUGUAAUUUACAAACGUACCCUUCUGGUAGACUUUAAUGACACCAUUUUCUCAAAGCCCUCACCUGGAGCUUCCAGAGCACCGCUAGGCACAGCAUAGGUGCUCCAGGUGCCGCUCAGUCAACGUUGGUUGUCAGUCGUUGGAAAGGUUACCUGUUCAAAUACCAAUUUCAUUUCCACUUCUGUGCCACAGAGGUCUGGGCCAUGAAUUAGAAAAACACAAAGGUCUGAGACCAGAUAUGCGAGCUAAAUACUAAGGAAACUUUGUCUCGAUGGACCAGUCCAAAGGACGCGAACUACACUGAGGUUCAGAAGGUCCACACUCCAUACACCUUCCCAAAGUUGGCUCCAGGGCGGGGCGUGAAGCCACCCUGCAGUUAGCAUGUGUCCGUGGUACUUCAUUCUCUCCCUUAACUUUUCAAUUUGUCUAGUGUUCUUACAAAAUCAUUAAUCUGACCUCAAAGGUACUUUAUAAUCAUGAAUUUCCACCAAACAAUUAGCUGAAAUGUUUAGGAAUAUAUUCAGUACAGUGCAGUGUGACUGGAUGAGGCUGGUUUGUUGUUUUUUUUUGUUUUUAAUUUUUUUUUUUUAAAAAAAAACUGUGAAAACAAUUCCCAGUCCCUAUUUGCCCUUUUUCUUUUUUUGGGUCUGGCUUUAAGAAAUAUACAAAGACAAUACAUGAACAAGUCAGCAACGGUGAUUCUUGUGUUGCAUUCCACCCUGCUUGAAGACCAGGGAAUUACGUGGCAUGUCUGCAUCUCUACACAUGUUAGGUGUAGCUGAGGUCGUGUUGGAAGUCUGUAGAUGUCUCAUGUCAUACACAAGCCACUUGUUACACUGAGUGUAAAUCAUUGUAAUUCAGAGAUUUGUAAGUGAAAAACAAACAAACAAAAAAACUAGAAACUAUCUAGUUUCUCUAGAUCCUUUUCCCCCAUAAUGUGUCCAGAUUGAAUUUCCUCAUAAAGAGAAACUGGUGUACCUGGUGUCUGUGUUUCCUUUUCUCUAAAAGGCUGUAUGGAUCUGAAGCUCUCAGCCUUCCCCCAUGUGCUGGAAUCUUCUGUAGAAUUAAAUGCCAAGCCACUUGAAAUGCAAUGGCUUCCUGUGACAUUCUGGAUGAGCCUUGUUGCCAUCAGUGCUUCUGUGUAAAUGGCAGUGAGAGCCAGGAGUUCAAGGCAGGGCUCCACAGGUGCCUAACGGACAUUGCCGUGAGAAGCCACAGGCCUUGAGGCCCACCCCACCCAGCUCUUGCCCCAGUGCAUGUUUAGCUGUGAGUGUGAAAACUCAGUAGCUAGUUGGCAGACUGACAGACUCUCCAAGUGUCAGCCUGGGCAUAGUGAGAAAUGCAUAGAAGAUAUGGAGCUGGGCUCUUUGAAACUUGUUUUUUGAAGUUUGGGCCUCUUAAUGCUUUUGUAUAGGAAUACUCACUGUGUGUUUUAAUCAUGAUUUUAAAAAAAAGAACAAAGGAAUGAAAAUUGGCAAUCUUUGCUGAUCUUUUAAAAAAGCCUUUUUCCUGAAGACAAAGCCACAUGAAGUGCAAUAAGAUUGUAAGGUGACUAGAUAAUGUUUCUCUAACGUGGGAGAGAGUUGUGUGUGUGACUGACUAGCAGCUAUCAGUAUUAGUGAGGUGUCUUACAGCCAAUGUGUCAUUUCAGUUUAACUGGAUGAAAUGUUGAAUAAAUGCAGAAUGAAAGUAAA